AGCCGGUGACUAAUUGAGGUUUGGUCGUAAAGCAGCCACACCUAGCUCAGGUGCCCAGGUUUGGCUUAAGGAGUGGCGGCGCGCACUCACUUCCUGAAUUCCAAAGUCUUAAAAUAAGUCAAUUUACAUAGGAGAUGACGGCUUGCUCAAUGCUUCGUAUCUGCGGAACAAUGGGCGGGCAGCCGGGCUGCUUGUGAGCCCUCACUCCGGGCGUGAGAUCGCUGCUCUCUUCUCAUGGAUCCCCCGCUCAUGUCAGGUCGCGGCUUCCCCGUUUGUAACGUCUCCUGUGGGCGCGGUGUCUGGGCUGGCCUGGACUGUCCUCUGGGGCAGCAGCUUCCCUGCUUGCUGGUAAAUGUGACGGAGCACACCAACGCGUCCAGCCUAACCAUGGGUCAAGACCGGGGCAAGUAUGACUUUUACAUCGGCCUGGGACUGGCCAUCAGCUCAAGUAUCUUCAUCGGAGGCAGCUUCAUCCUCAAGAAGAAAGGACUUCUGCGACUGGCCAAGAAAGGAUCCACCAGAGCAGGCCAGGGUGGUCAUGCAUAUCUGAAAGAGUGGCUGUGGUGGGCUGGUUUACUGUCAAUGGGUGCAGGGGAAGCAGCCAACUUUGCAGCAUAUGCUUUUGCUCCAGCGACUCUGGUGACGCCUCUGGGUGCCCUCAGCGUUCUCGUCAGUGCGGUGCUGUCGUCCUACUUCCUGACAGAGCGGUUGAACCUGCACGGGAAGCUUGGGUGCAUGCUCAGUAUCCUAGGCUCCACCACCAUGGUGAUUCAUGCCCCGCAGGAGGAAGAGAUUAGCAGCCUGGAGCACAUGUCUAAGAAGCUGGUGGAUCCAGGGUUUGUCGUCUUUGCCACUCUGGUCGUCAUUGUGGCUCUCAUCUUCAUAUUUGUAGUGGCGCCCCGCCAUGGCCAGACUAACAUCCUGGUGUACAUCACCAUCUGCUCGGUCAUUGGGGCGUUGUCGGUGUCGUGUGUCAAAGGACUGGGCAUCGCCAUCAAGGAAGCCAUUGCGGGGACAAACGUGGUGAAAAACCCGCUGGCGUGGGUCCUGCUGUUCGGCCUGAUCGGCUGCGUGAGCACGCAGAUCAACUACCUGAACAAGGCCCUGGACAUCUUCAACACGUCCCUGGUGACACCCAUCUACUACGUGUUCUUCACCACGUCGGUGCUCACCUGCUCCGCCAUCCUCUUCAAGGAAUGGGAACACAUGGGUGCGGAUGACGUGAUCGGGACCCUCAGUGGCUUCAUCACCAUCAUUGUGGGGAUCUUCCUGCUACACGCCUUCAAAGACUUGAACGUUAGCCUGGCCACUCUGGCCGUGUCCAUCCGGAAAGAUGACCGGGCCUUCCCCGUCGCCAAUGGCAUCACCUCCCACAGCACGUACGAACUGGUGCAUGAGGAGAACACAGAGGACAUGGAGGAGAGAGAAAUGGGUAUGGCUUUUGAUACCAUUUCUAGAAGGAACGGCUCAAUGGCCUCCUAGUUGGAUCUUGGAGGAACUUUUUGGAUUCAACCAUGCUUCUAGACGUGGAACUCCUGUAUGAGACAAUCAACUGUGAGUGGAAGGGACCCCUGAUGGACCAGUGGAUUGUAUUUGCUUUAAUUCGCCUUUUUCAGAAUAUGACUGGUGUCGUAUUCAGUUGCAGAACUUAAUUUCAUUCCACUGUAAAAAAGUUACUUCAAGAAAUUAUUUGUACAUAAGUUUUCAUACGCCUUCCUUUCUGUGAAUCAAGUUUUAAUAUAUUCUGUAUGAAGUCCU